CGCGCACUCACCAGCGCGAGGAGGUGUGAAGCUCAGCUGGUGUCAUUAAAGUUCAGAAACCAAAGUAGGACCAGGACCUGAUGUUCGGGUGAAACCUCUCGAGACCAGGCAGUGAUCCACCAGAAGUCCCGGUUGGGACAUCGCGAGGCGAUCAGGGGACCUUUGUGGAUCAUAUAACCUCCGGAACCGGGUCUGCAUGGAUAACUCGGGGAUCAGAGAGUCUGCGGCGGGGACCCGCACAGACGACCCGCGCGCUGAUGAGUCCGAUCAGUCCGGUUUAACGGACAGAUACCGGACCGCCAAGUUCAGCCUGGCGGCUUACCUGAUCUGCUGGACUCUGCUCAGAUGGUACCAGAAACUCAAAUGCAGGUCUGCUUCUCUCCAGACUGAGGAAGCCCUUGAAGAGUCCCCUUACCUCUCUGAAGGAUUAGACUCAGAGGUGGGGGAUUUUGCUGCUAACUCCCUGGAGUGGUGUGAGAGAAGCAUAGAGAGGGGUGAGACAUCUGAUGAGUAUUUUGACUCCCGUUCGAGGCAUUCCCGUUCUGACACCCUGUCAGAUUUGAGUCCAGACGGAGAGGACUCUGUGGAUGCUCUGCUGGGACCCAAGGACGCCUACGUUGGCUGGAAAGAAACUGGGAGCAGCUUCUGUUCCGGGCACACAACAACUCGACGAAGGGAGUCUGUCUCAGCCAAGGAUGGGCACAGAGAAGCAGAAGAGACUUGCACCAGACGGUCCAGCUGUUGCAGAAGGAAAAGCCCAGAAAACCACAUGGACCCUGUUGUUUCCUUGAAGCCCAGAACCAGGAAUCUGUGCUCAGCUGAAAUCCUACCCAGUGCACAAGAGCAGUCUAAUUCACAAGAAGCUUUUACAGAAACUCAAGCCAACGGCAGCACAGAGUCAAUUAGUUUACACAAAAAAAGCCAACAGUACACAGAAACCUUUGAUGCAGCGAUAAACACUCUACCAGACACUCAAGGAGUGAAGGUGCAGCAUGAAGAAAGCUGUCCCAGUCAACAGAAGGAAGCCACAGCAACAGAAAAGUGUGUUAUACAUAUAAAUACAGCAGAGGACAAAGUUUUGGAGGCACAGCAACAACAAAACACACAUAAACACAAAACAUGGCCACUUAACAGACACACAGAUAAAAGUAAAAAGGAAAGAGAUGAAUGCGAAAGCUGUAAUGUUAAAGAUAAGAAUGUACAGACCUUUGAACGGCUCGACUCGGUUUUCCACAGUUCCCGUGGUGACAAACACAGAAAACAUUUGGAGAGUUUAGUAAAUGAAGACAUAGAUCCAUGUGGGAAUGUGAGGACAUGUCACAGAAUUAAUCACAAAACUGUGAGGAAAUUCAAAAACAGCGUGCAUGAAGCUGUUACGAAUGCCCCUGAUGUGAUAAACUGUGACACAGACUGCCAGUUCAUUACGGAAACUGCAAACAUCCCACAAGUACUCAGCACAACGACAGAAAAUACAUCGCAGAACACAAAGUCAGAGUAUGCUGUUGUACUGCUGAAUGAGGUGGGAAACUGCUCACAAGCUCUGUGUGAAGAAAGUCCAAACAGAUUAUCAGAGAUCCUUCCUCUGGUAACAAACUCUGAGGAUAAGUUAUGGGUGUCAGGUGUCUGCUUCCAGAAGGAGCAAUAUGGUUGUACUACAGCAGAAGCAGCUGAAACACCUGGGACUCUGAAUGAAGUAUGUUCUCCCAUCACAUUUUCCACAGAGACAACAAACAAUUUUCCUUUGUGUGCGACUGAUUUAACUGCUGCACCAGGACUUUGUAAACCUGCUUCUCCUGUUCUGUCAGGAGACGCGGACAGGGGGGAGCUCGCUGAGAGGCAAGCGGCUCAAAAUCAGCCUCAAAGCACAAGGUCACAAUCCUGGUUUGCUCCAGGUCAGACCCAAGAUUUAAACCCUAAUCACCUGGAUCUCAGUGGUGCUUUGCCAGAAAAAGACACUCAAAGGACGUUCCUUUUUUCAGAGAGGUCUGGAUCUGUAGAAUCAGGGCUGAACUCAGCUGAGUUCCAGUCUGAUUCUGGUAAAAGGUCUGAGGAAUGUCUCCCCCAUCACCCUCUCUCUGACAGCCAAGAAGUAGAGGAUUCCUCCCAGAGGAGGGUAGGUUCACCCUGCUCUCUUCUCCGUCCUAAAGAGGGAAGGAAGAGGGAGGACGGUUAUGUUUAUCUUGACCAGGAACAAGUUGUGGAAACAGUAAGUAAAGAGGAUCUUUUGGAGUCAGAACUUGGCUCAGCAGCGCUCUUGAAGAGCAGUGGGUUGAGAGUUUUCAAAACAAUUACCAAUGAUCCCCAUGCCAAUUUUACUCCACUCCCGCAUAGUAAUAGAGAGGGAGUCUCAACACAACAUGUUACUAUUGAGUCCACACAAGAUAAACAUGUAGAAUAUCCAGGCAUAGAUCAACAAACAAGCAUACAAACACCUGUCAGCUCAGUUAUUGGUCUUUGUAAGCACAAUGAGCUGGAGGUCAAGAUACCUGCAACCCUCUGUAGCUUAAAGUCCUCUCUUUCUGUAUCAGACUCCAACAAUAACACCAGUGCAACUGUAAAGGGGGUAUUAAGAGAGGAGGGCGUUGAUUGUUUCUCAAAAGAAGCCCAGAUCAAUAGCAAAAGUAAUGGGAAAAUAAUUUACCCCCUGAUUGAGCCUACAAAAGGUGGGACCUUUUUGGAAGAUGUGGUCAAGCCCCAGGAAGAGUCUGAGGUUGUCCUGUCUACUGUUGACCACAGACCGUGCUGGGAUAAUCAGGACUUGGAAACUAAGAUAGGAGAUAACCUCGGUCAUGUAUGCACAGCUCCUCCAGACAAACUACAAAAGCUGAAGGAAGAGAGGCACAUAGAGGCCAGUAUAGUUGUAGAACGUCCAGACAGUCACAACUUAGAAAGCAAUGAAAGCCUCAGGGCCUUAGUGUCAAGUUCAAAUUCAAAUUGUGAAUUUAAAGAAAAGAAUAAUUAUUUCAACCAGCUGGGGGAUCGUAGCUUACUUAACCAAACUGUUAGCUUAUCAAAAUCAUCAGAGGACUGUACAAUUGAGUACAGAGAGACUGCACAGGUAAGCUCGCCAGUCCCACAAGAAGUGAAGUUAGUGAGGAAUUCAUGCCCUGAUAUCACCUGCAAACUGCUUCCUGGUAAUAGUUUUCUCCCAAUACCAGAGGCUGAUUGCUCAAUAGAGAAAAGUAUGUCAACAAAGAAUGAUUUAAAUAUAGAUAAAAAAGAACAACAUGAUACCAUAAGGCCUUCUGAGGACAUUAAGGAUAUCAUUAAACUUUCAGGGGCCAUCUCCAGCACCAAACUUCCACACCACCAGACUCUGGAGUCUGAGAUGAACCCAGUAAUUCCUGUUCCACACAGUGGUGGUGAAAAUCUUGAAAAAAUAACCAAAAGAGCCAAAUCAAAAGCCAGCCAGAUAGGAGACAAAGCUUCAAAGUUAUCUGUGUUAGCUAAAAUGCCUUCAUUUAAAAGGAUAAAAGGCUCAAAAGCAGACAAAAAUGAGGGGAUACCUUUGACUUCGUCAGAUGUAGGAAGCGAGGGGUUUCUGUCUGAGCAAGGCCUGAAGUGGGACCACUCAGAUGAUGAGGUCUUUGUCACUCAGAUAGGGCACCAAACAUUUUCCUCAGGGCAUAACGAGAUAGACAAAGAGGAUAGUGGCUUCUUUCCUUCUUCUCCCAACACAUGCCAUAUCCGUGAGGUAGUAAACCAAGGAAAUAAAAGUGAGGAUGAGGCAGGACCAAGUUCAGACCACCUCUUGUUGCAGAUCCAGUCACCAAAUGGGCAGAGCUACAAGAAGAGCAAGAGCAAUGAUAGUUUAAAUAUCUACAUGCGGUUUGCACAAGCGCACAAGUCCCUCUCCAGCCUGUUUGAGUCCCUUUCAAUGGACAAGGAGAAUGAUGAGCAGGCCUCUGUGAACACUGCUGUGGAUUCUGGGAAAGCUAAACAAUCCUGGAAGAAGCUAAGGAAAACCAUGGAGGCUGAGCAGCUGAAGAGAACCUUUUCUGCACCAGAGGGUGAAGGUAGCAAAAUAGCUUCUGAGCUUUACCAUCAAGACUUUACCUCUUCCCUACUUAUGGACAGACUUACCAGCCCAGGAUCACCAUCCUUCCUCAGAGCCCUUCGCCACACUGAUCCUAUCUCCAAGCGGGGAUUUCCACAAAGGAGUGGGAGUGAAAACCACAAAGGAUGCAAAUCUGAGGGGCCAAGAAGAAGAUGUUCUCCUAAUAGUCUAUCGACUGCGCUGUUUCUGUCCAGCCAACCUCCGAUUUCAGAUGACUCCUCUGUCCAACAUCCCAAUAACACAAUUCCCAUUUCACCUGUGAGUCCCUGCUCAUCCAGAGGUAGUCAUCAGCAUUUGCCAUCUUUGUCCCGAUGUCACACGCUGUCCAGUGACGACUUUCCUGGUCCACCUCUCCGGCCUAUGAGCCCCAAACCUAACAGCCCGAGACCCACAGCUCAACGCAAAACGUUUCGCUAUCCACACCCAACAAGGGCCAGUUCUCUCUCUUCUAUGCUUCGGAGCCAGUCAGUCAGUGUGGAAGGAUUGACGACCCCCCCUGAAAGACCUAAGACCCUAAAACCAUCUGCUAGCCCCCUGGGUGUCUGUUUCAGUCCUCUGGAUGCAGCAAAGAGCAGAAUAGACAGUCACUCGCACAUCUGCCUCUAUGAAACUGGCUCCAUCAAUGAACUGGAGGUUGAAAAAAACAGCUGGCGACCUUCCAGCUGCUCCACAGUCACAAAGCAGAUGGAGCUGAAGGACAAGAAGAAGGCUUCUGUGUUUCAUGGAGGGAGGACUUACUGCUGGUUGGACGUAGGCCAUCAACCAAGACGAAAGUUUUCAGACGACCUCUGGAUUGAGGAGCAAAAGAGAUAUAAAUGCAAACUGGCGAGAAGGAUGAGGGGCAGCGUGGGCCAACUCAACGCAGUCUUAUCUGAGAAGAUGGACAAAACUGAUGUCACCUUGGAGCCCGUCGAAGCCUUCCAGGGGAUGCUCCUGAAGGCCCAUUGCUUCUCCCAGAGCACCCCAAUUGGUCUUGACUGCCUGGGUUGGAGAACAGGCAUCUUAUAUUCCUCUGUUGUGGUUCCUGAUGGAGUGUCGGACAAGGCAGGGAUUGGUGACGAGCUCGGCAGUGAAGAGGAUCUUCUGUACGAAGACUUUCGCAGUUCUGGACAUCGGUUCGGACACCCUGGGGGAGGCGGAGGAGAGCAGCUGGCCAUCAACGAGCUGAUCAGUGAUGGCAGCGUGGUCUAUGCUGAGGCCCUCUGGGACCACGUCACCAUGGAUGUCCAGGAGCUCGGCUUUAAGGCUGGUGAUGUCAUCGAAGUGGUAGAUGCCACUAACAAGGAGUGGUGGUGGGGCCGCAUCAUGGACAGCGAGGGCUGGUUCCCCGCCAGCUUUGUUCGGUUGCGUGUGAACCAGGAUGAACCUAUGGAGGAAUAUCUGGCCCACCUGGAGGAGGCUCAGGCUGGAGAUGAGGACCGAGCAGGUCUGGGCUUACUGUUGGGACCUGGUUUACCCUGCAAAGAACAGAUGAGAACCAACGUCAUCAAUGAGAUCAUGAGCACAGAGCGAGACUACAUCAAGCACCUGAAAGACAUCUGUGAGGGUUACAUCAAACAGUGCCGCAAGAGGACGGACAUGUUCAAUGAAGAGCAGCUUCGCACAAUCUUUGGCAACAUCGAAGAGAUCUACCGGUUCCAGAGGAAGUUCCUGAAAGGCCUGGAGAAGAAGUUCAACAAGGAGCAGCCACAUCUCAGCGAGAUAGGAUGCUGUUUCCUCGAGCACCAAACAGAUUUCCAGAUCUACUCAGAGUAUUGUAACAACCACCCCAAUGCCUGCGUCCAGCUCUCCAAGCUGAUGAAGAUCAACAAGUACGUAUUCUUCUUCGAAGCCUGCAGACUGCUCCAGAAGAUGAUCGACAUCUCGUUGGACGGCUUCCUGCUCACUCCUGUUCAGAAGAUCUGCAAGUAUCCAUUACAGCUGGCUGAGCUCCUCAAAUACACCAACCCUCAGCACAGGGACUACAAAGAUGUUGAGGCGGCCUUAAAUGCCAUGAAGAACGUGGCCAGGUUGAUCAACGAGAGGAAACGGCGCCUUGAGAACAUCGACAAGAUUGCCCAGUGGCAAAGCUCCAUAGAGGACUGGGAGGGUGAAGACGUUCUCAGCAGAAGCUCUGAGCUCAUCUUUUCAGGGGAGUUGACCAAGCUGUCCCAGCCUCAGACGAAGAGCCAGCAGAGAAUGUUUUUUCUCUUCGACCAUCAGAUGGUUUACUGCAAGAAGGACCUCCUGCGUCGGGACAUGCUGUACUACAAGGGACGUAUGGACAUGGAUGACAUGGAGGUGAUAGAUGUGGAGGAUGGCAAGGAGAAGGAUUUUAACAUCAGCGUGAAGAAUGCCCUUAAACUCCGAUCGCUAAGCGGUGAUGAAGUCCACCUUCUGUGUACCAAGAAGCCGGAACAGAAGCAGCGCUGGCUCCGAGCCUUCGCUGAUGAGAGGAGACAAGUCCAUCAUGACCAAGAGACAGGUUUCACUCUCACUGAGGUCCAGAAGAAACAGGCCAUGCUGAAUGCCUGCAAAAGCCAUCCAGCAGGGAAACCCAAAGCGGUGACCAGACCCUACUGCGACUUUCUCCUUCGACAGAAGCACCCCUCCCUCCCCACCGCUUUGCCCCAGCAGCAGGUCUUCAUGCUGGCUGAGCCCAAACGCAAAACCACCUUCUGGCACAACAUCGGGAGACUGACACCGUUCAGAAAGUGAACGAAGAAUUUCUGGAGGAGGCGAAAGAGAAGAGCCCUCUGCUCGUGCCUGAAUAGACCCUUUUUAAUUAUUCCUCUCAUUUCUUUCCUACUCGUAACAUUUCCUGGACUGAUAUACUGACCUGUUGUAUAGAUGAAGAUGAUUAUAAUGAGGAGGAGAUUAUUUUUAUGAAAGCACUUUAUAGGUUGGUUAACAAUCAGACUUGAGAAUGGUCUCCUAGAGACGCUGAGUCGAAUAGGGAGAGUGGACUCUUGCUUCAUUUACUUCUACUACUCCUAAAAAUCAAAUGCCAGUUGGUAUUACUACUACUGUACUGCUGCAAAUGAGUUUGGGACUCGUGGCUGAGCUGCCUCUGUGAAAGCGUUGCCUGUCAACAAAACUGUGUUGUUUAAUUUUACUGUUUUAUUGCUUUUGUUUGUUUUUUAUUUGACGGAUUUGCCAACUUUUCAUAGUGUUGAUUUUUAUAUGUGUGUUGAUCUGUGUCUGCUUUAGAAGAACAAAAGGGAAAAUUGGGUAAAGGAUAAAAUUUCUCGUGCUUUUCUCUGUGCAGUUGCUUCUUUUCAGAAUCACGUCUUCAAAUGUUUGUGGUCUCCAUCUGUCGGCGUUUGGUUUUGUAUUUCUCUGGUUCAUUUGUGAUCUUGUUCAAACAUUUGAUUCAACACAGCCCAAAGAAGAUGAGGGGUUUUUAUUCCAACAAACAGCAGCAAAGCCCACAUGCUCCAGCUACAGACAUUCCUCCAGUCUGGUCCUUGUCUCCUCCUUAUGCCUACCAUGUCACCCAAAGUAAAACAACCUCUUUUAUUCCCUCCUGUUUUAUUUUAUAAAGUGCCAUUUGAGGUGUGACAUGGAUGACUUAAAAUGACAUGCAUGGAUGUGAUGAAAAAAUACUGUGAAAAAUAUUUUUUUAUCUCUAAAGAACCCCCCUCAUCCGUAUAUAUUUAACCAGAUUUACCGAAGCGUCACCCUGCUACGAAGCUAAAAGCAUCACACACUCACUUAGGUUCUUUUAUCUGCCUGUACUUCUGCUAUCCAGUAUUCCUGCUCUGUUUAUCUGGUCUCUUGUGUAAUCUCAUUUCAGAUCAAUGCAGCCCAGUGAUAUUGCUCUGUAAGUGCAUUCAGUAAAAUGUACUCCUUUCAACUUUAUGUUCAAAUGUUAAACAAUAUUAAACAUUCCUUAAGCUGAAGAAUGAGGCUUUCAAACAGGGUGAUUAUUUAUUAUGGCAAAAUGUGGGAAGGACUCAUCGUGGAGGUUAACCCUGUUUUUUUUUUCCUUUAUCAGCUUGUUUUGUUUUAACUUCAAGCAUCUUAUUUACUUUUAAAGUGCAAAUUUUUGAGUUUUUGUUCAGUUUUUCAAAGCAUCUAUUGUAGUGUAUGUAUUACGAUAUUAAUAAAAUAAUGAGGUUUGGAGCGA